GUUUACCUUGCUAGUUCUACGUUUGGAGUAAAAUCUAUUGAGACCUCUGGAGGGUAUUUCCACAUGGCUAAUAUUUUUUUGCGUCAGAACAAGAUGGAUGUAGCGAACUCACUCUAUGCUAAGGUAACCGGCAUCUGGCAUGCCUCGCUGCUGCAGGCACUUCACGCUCGGGAGCAGAUCCUCAAGUCACGACCAGAAACGUCUCCAUCCACCGAGGACGAGGAAGUCGGUGAAGACGGUCUGACUGACGCCCAGCGAGCAGAAGCGAUCCAGGUGCUGAAGGCGGUGUUAGACGUCAGAGAACAGGAACCAAAGCAGCAACCCGGGGAAACCGCCCGCGUUCUGCACGCUCUCGCCAUGCUUUACUACCUGCUCGCGGAUUUACCCAAGGCUGAGGAGAUGGGGAGGAGAGCCUUCGACCUGGUGAAACAACUUCCCCAGCAAGAGUCUCUGGAAGCCAUCGGUCAUUUGUUAAUGUUGAUUAACCCUGAGCCUUCCCGCACAAAAUAA